AUGAGUGGCAAAGAGGCAGAGGGAAAACCGACUCCUCCAGUUGGCGAUGGUAUACGUCAAAUUCGUACCACAAAUGUUUUUCGAGUACUCAAUUUUGAGCUUUAUACUAGGCCAAAUAAAAUCAUUAUGGGCUUGGGUCUUGCCGCUAUAACUGGUGUCUUUGGCUAUAUAACAUAUAUGCGAAUGAAAUAUGAGAGUUUGGGGUAUUAUGCCGCGGUCCAAGAAGAUGGACGUGAAGUUUUCACGAAGAAAAAAUCCAAAUGGGAUUAG